CUGGAGCUGGAGAGUGAGGGUGUCGUGAAAAAUUGAUCAGCGGUGACUGCUGUGGUGUUGGUGUGUUGUGGUUCAGGUUCCUUAUUAUGAACUUGAUCAUAGACUUGUUGUGAACGUUGACCCUGUAUUCAUUGUGUUUUUAUUGUUGAAACAGCACAAGCUUGGAGGCUUGUGCGACGCGCCUGGCGAUCGAGGACCAAAGUUGAAGUGAGAGGUGUUUUUGAAAGUCUCGAAGCUAAUGUGAGCGGUGACGGACAUCUUUUAAAGAAUUUCCAAAGAUCAGAGUCCGGUGAUACACGUUUGUGCGUCAGCUCCCUUGUGUGCCAUAGAACAACAAGAAUAAGGAUGUCUGGAAUCCAGCAAGUCUGCAGAUUGCUGUCCAGGCAGAGCAUGACCAAAAUCGCCUUCACAGGAAAGGUGUCCGGCCCCCUGCAGUGUGUCCGCCUGCUCAGCUCUCAGCCCGGCGGCCCGGGCGCUCUGCCCACGGAGCCCACGGUGGGCCCGCCGCCCGAUCAGCUGGACACCACCCCGGUCAAACGCUCCAUCUCGCCCUCACUGGCCGAAGACGGAUUUUUGAUACGUGUGGAGGUGGCCUACUCGCGCGGCCUACCGCAGAUCACCGUGCCGCUGCCGUCCCGGCGGGAAAAGUGCCGCUUCACCCUGAAACCCAUCAGUAACACGGUGGGCGACUUUAUCGACCAGCUGCACACUGAGGAUCGCGGCAUCGACCGCGUGGUGCUGCGGACACUGCGCGGGACGCGGAUCGCCACCAGCGACAGCAUCGAGGCGCUGAUGGAGGAGGACUUUGAGCUCAUCAUCAACGACGACGUCUACCACGUCAAGACGCCAGAGCUGGAGCGGCCCUCGCAGGAGGAGCUCACCACGCUCUCCAACGUGCGGAACCUGGUGUCGCAGCUGUACGAGGCGCUCAACGUGGAGGAGCACCAGCUGAAAAAGGAGCGCGAGAUCCUGGCCAAGCUGGAGGACCUCAAGGUGCAGCUGGCGCCCAUGGAGAAGAAGAAGAAGGAGCUGGAGGAGGCGUGCCACCGGCGGACCAACCUGCAGACCUGGCUGGGCCUCGGCCUGAUGGGCGUCCAGUUCGGGAUCCUGGCGCGGCUGACCUGGUGGGAGUACUCGUGGGACAUCAUGGAGCCCGUCACCUACUUCGUCACCUACGGCACCGCCAUGGCCGCCUACGGCUAUUUCGUCAUCACCAAACAGGACUACGUGCUUCCCGACGUCAAGGACCGCUCCUUCUUGCUCUCCUUCUACAAGAAGAGCCGCAAGUCCGGUCUGGACGUACAGGCCUACAACGAGCUGCGGGACUCCAUCUACCGGCUGGAGCAGGACCUGCGGCGGCUGCGGGACCCACUG